ACGAACCAAACUUUCAUAUACAUAUAAAACUUCAUACUUCUGCGCACAAAGUUAUUUUAAAGUGCUAAAAUUGCAAAACUUUUAUAACUUAGGCUGUAUCUUAAAAAAAGGGGCUAUCUGUGCAAUUCCCCGGAACUGGAUCUCCUCUUUAUGGGCUGGAUAAGUGGAUAUGGUUGCAUCGACGAUCCGACCCGUAAAUUUUCCGGGUCAAAUAAUUAGGUACCCAAAACUUCUGAUAUCACCAUGCACAAUAUCUAAAACGGAAAUUACACAGAAUAGCCAAAAAAAUCCAAAAUUUACUUACAGUAAUGGGGCUCUCAGCUUCAAAGCGAGUUAGCAACUCACUCAAAAACUCAUCCGAGUUCAACUCAGCAUGCGACUCAGUCUACAACAAUUGUCUCUCCCUGUCACAACACGCUUUCCCCGGAGUAAAACCCUACCAGCUCUUCUCCGCCGUAGAAAACCUCCACGCGCUUCUCUAUCCCUCCGUCCCUCUAAUUACGAAUUGGGUCAAAUCUCCUCCGACCCGAUUACAAAUCGAUAAGGCCUGGAAAAUCGUGUCCACGCGCCGGUCCGGAGGGAAGGAAGGGGAAUAUGUGCUUGGGGAGAAUGAGUUUAAGGAGUUUGCGGUGGAGGUGUUUGCGGAUGCUGUAGUUGACUGUGCAGAGAAAGAGAUGCUGAAGCGGAUUCCGGUUGGUGUUUUGGGGAUUGCUGGUGUUGGUGUGGUGGUGAAGCCUGGGAAAGAGUUGAUUGCGGCGGCGAUUGCUGCUUACGCGCUUGGUGUUGCGACGUCCGUAUACGUCAACUUGGCUUGAACAUACCUGCUGAGAAAUGUGGGGCAUCCACCAGUGACCCACGUUUUUAGAGAGCAAAAUUAUGUUGCAGACUGUCUAGCUAAAGAAAGACCGGCAAGGAAGCUUUUUGGCACGACAAAAUUUUUAACAGUUCCCCCGGUGUAUGCACAAAAACAUCCGUGGGCAGACAUUCUAGGAACUGAGUUUACUAGGAAAGUCAAUCAAUGUGCUAAUUAUCAGAAUGCUGAUACUCAUAUUUUUGUACCUGACUAACAAGUCAGCAAUUUGUAACAAACUCCACUUUGAGUUUCUAAUAUAUCGCCUCGUUA